GGCCAAAUACCUAUAUAAUUCCCGGGGUUUAACUUGACUACCGGAGUAUCUCAAUGUAAGCAUUUGCUUUUCCACGAGGCGGCGUCGCGCCCGGAGAACGAAGCCGCCUAUGCCUGCCUUUUGAUCCGUCUUACCCCCACAUCUAACCACUUUACCGGGCUGACAGGGCUGAACAGGGGGGCCUUGUCCUUGCAUUUCCUUGAUUCUCACCUGUUUCCAGGUUCACCUGACUUCAAGGAAUUCUUACUUAACCAACCUUUAACUACCUCUUAUGGGCGACGAUGAGAUGUUAUCAACUUAUGUGUUUAAGCAAAAUAGGUAUCUUUACCAUAUCCUUUCUAUAAGAACAGGCGCCAGUCAAAAGACUGGUUACACAAAGCCAUAGCUGCGGAAGCAGGAAAAAAGGGGAAAUGUGACGUAUUCAGUGUUUGAUGUGCUUAGGGGUAUGCGAAGAAAGCUGUGGCUGCUUCAAGGAAGCAGAUAUGCAUAAGAACGUUCGCACGGACAAAAGAGUUGCCUUCGAAAACAGGCACCGAAGUAUUAUAAAUAAGAGUACUUGUAAUCAAAAUCGAGAAAAUCUUGCUGAUAUCUCGAUAAAACGACGACUAUGGCAAACAUCUCCCAGGACUUCUCAAAAGGCCCACCACAGUGCCAUUACUGCAACGCACCGGCGUCUCUGGCCAUCACUGGGUACUCGAACAUGAACGGAAACCAGGGACGUCCAUAUUACUUCUGUGAUCCCUGCAAUACGUUUAUCGUGUUCGCUGAUAAUGAGGGUAACGACCCUACGAACCCAGACUGCCGUUGCGGAACUUCAAGCAAGAGAGGAGUGGCUGGGUGGGCCUCGUCACAACCCGGCAGAGGUUUUUUCAAUUGCAGGCUUGGGAGGUGUAGUUUCUGGCAAUGGGAUGAAGAAGAUGUCGAGGAACCCGAUUUCAACACUUUAAUGAUAGCUGCCUAGUUCGACCUCUAGGUUUGUUUGAGGCCAAUGAGAAUGGAGCAAUAAGAGCCGGGAGGUCAUAGUAUGCCACAAUAUAAUUGAGUUAACAAAUC